AGAAACAAAACAAAGAGAGAAGAAAAAGAAAUAUCAAGAGGGUAAGUGGUAGUGCUAUGUGUGGGUAAUGGAGCAAAACGCGGGUGUGACUUUGUUGUGAGAGAUGCAUUACCUUUGAGAAACUCCAAAUAUCCGUUGCUCUCUGGUUUUGUCGUGACAACGUAAGGAAUCUUGAUCGCUGAGAAAACCUAUGCAGCCCCGAAGAGAUCAAACAUGCCCAACACAUAACCCAUUCAAACGUGUUAAAAUCUGCUUUUCCACUCAACUUCACUAAGGAAUCGACCCUUCCCUGAAGCAAUUUUGUGCCUAUGAAAUCAGAUUCUUCGGCUGAACUUGCAUAGCUACAAGGAUAAAGCUUUGUUUUUUCACAUAAAAGGGAAUGGCUACUCCUGUUGAGCCUCCGAAUGGGAUCAGAACUGAAGGAAAGCAUUAUUAUUCCAUGUGGCAAACCCUGUUUGAGAUUGAUACAAAAUACGUGCCCAUCAAGCCUAUUGGUCGAGGAGCAUAUGGAAUUGUGUGCUCUUCUGUCAAUAGAGAAACCAAUGAAAAAGUUGCAAUCAAGAAGAUACAGAAUGCCUUUGAAAAUCGUGUUGAUGCACUGAGAACUUUGCGUGAACUGAAACUUCUUCGCCACCUUCACCAUGAAAAUGUUAUUGCUUUAAAAGACAUCAUGAUGCCCGUUUAUAGAAACAGUUUCAAGGAUGUCUAUCUGGUUUAUGAACUCAUGGACACGGAUUUGCAUCAGAUUAUUAAGUCUUCUCAAGCACUAUCUAAUGAUCACUGUCAAUAUUUCCUCUUUCAGCUGCUUCGGGGCUUGAAAUAUCUUCACUCAGCUAACAUCCUUCACCGUGACUUGAAACCUGGGAAUCUUCUAAUUAAUGCAAACUGUGACCUGAAAAUAUGUGAUUUUGGGUUAGCACGCACUAACUGCAGCAAGAACCAGUUCAUGACUGAGUAUGUUGUCACUCGGUGGUAUAGGGCACCAGAGCUCCUACUCUGCUGUGACAACUAUGGGACAUCUAUUGAUGUAUGGUCUGUGGGAUGCAUCUUUGCAGAGCUUCUUGGGCGAAAACCUAUUUUCCCUGGUUCAGAGUGUCUCAACCAGCUGAAACUGAUUAUCAACAUCCUUGGUAGUCAAAGGGAGGAGGAUAUUGAAUUCAUUGAUAAUCCAAAGGCAAAGAAGUAUAUCAAAUCACUUCCAUAUUCUCCUGGAACCCCCUUCUCCCGACUCUACCCUAACGCGCAUCCAUUGGCAAUUGAUCUGUUGACAAAGAUGCUUGUUUUCGAUCCAACAAAGAGGAUUAGUGUCACUGAAGCGCUUCAACACCCAUACAUGGCCCCUCUGUAUGAUCCUAAUAGUGACCCUCCAGCCAUCAUUCCAAUUGAUCUUGACAUUGACGAGGAUCUAGGGGAAGAGAUGAUAAGGGAGAUGAUGUGGAAGGAAAUGCUUCAUUACCAUCCCGAAUCUACCAUGGAAAAUGCAGAGUUGUGCUCGUAAUCUUACUUUCUUUGUUUUUAAGUUCCCUUUUGUUGGUGCCAAGAGAGUUCUAAUAUCAUAGCUUGCUUCAAAUAACUAGGAGGGCUUUGUCAUCAAUGAGCUCAAUAUAUGCUCUGUUUUCUCUUAGUUGAGAGCAGAGAAAAACAGCAAAAAGGUGGUCAUCCUGAAAAAUCAUGUAUAACUGUGUUUUGCUGGUGAUGCAUGAUAGUUUUUAACCGCCAUGUUGAGAGAUUGAUUAUAUCUUUAGCUCGGUGUUGUAGCUGCCUCGUUUGAGUUUGUAUAUAAACAUGUCUUUUGUCUUUCAUAAACCAUUUUGUAAAU